AUGCCGACUCCGCGGACUCCCUCUACCUCCACCUCUAAUUCCACUACCACCAAAUCCAACCCGCGCCCGUCAUCUCUCGCCUGCAUCGAAUGUCGCAAACAUCAUAUCAAGUGUGACGCCAGGAGACCAACCUGCUCGCGAUGUGCAGCCGCCCAGAUCAAUUGUGUCUUUCUCCCGUCUCGUCGUGGCGGUAGGCGAAAGACCGACAAGAUCGCGCCUUCAGUCCCCGUCGCCAAUGUCGGCGUGAGUGCCAAAAGUCCAUAUUCUCCCGCAAUUAUGACCGCCGUUCAGUCGCGAUCUGGAGGAACCGUUGGUUAUGCCCCGGGCGCAGGUCAAUUAGAGCCGGGUGCGGUUCAAGCAAACACACCCGAAUCCAUCGUGCCUGAAGCUCGGCUGGUGCGCCUCUUUUACGAGAAUUUCCAUGCAGCACACCCGAUUCUUGUGCCCGCGCCGCUGUUUGAGCGGUGGGAUUAUCCUUUGUAUCUGCAGCAGGUUGUCAAGUUUAUUGGAAGUCAUUAUUCCGUGAUUCUCGACAACGAUACCUUGCACGAACAAACGUGGCUCAUCCUGAAUGGGACCGCGGAACGAACUCCUCAUAUGGUGCAGGCGCUGCUCUUAUACUCGAUUAUCAUGCGCGCCCGCAAUGAAACCUCCCAGGCCGAGUCAUCCCUGACGCAGGCGAUUGACAUUGCAUUGGAGCUAGGGAUGCAUCGAGAGGAAUUCGUGAUUACGGCUGGAGCUGGGAGAGAACAUGAGGCGGAGAGCUUGCGACGCACCUGGUGGAGUCUCUUCAUUUGGGAGAUCUAUGUGGGCACAUUACACGAUAAGAUCCAGCUACGAUGUAGCGAUGUGUAUUCUGAUGUCCAGCUGCCCUGUGAAGAAUCCACGUAUUCCUCUCUCGAAACGAUACCACUGCCCCAGUCCCUUGCAGCGUUCAGAUCGCGGAUUUACACUGAGGAUGAGGAUACCAGCCACUACUCCUCAUUCGCUUAUUGUAUUGAAGCAGCUCGCAUACUGGCGCGGGUGGUCGUUCUUAAUGGCCUGCCUGAGACACAUCAUGAUCACUUGCAAGCCGUGGCAAACACGCUUGUCAGUUGGAUCCACCAUCUCCCGCCACAAAAGAUCGAGAUUGUGGAUAUGUACGGGACGAUCGAUGAGAUGAUGUUUCAAGCUCAUUGCACGAUUCAAUAUGCCGCCAUGCUCCUCCAUUUACCCCGCAGUAACAUCAGGCCCCGGUUUCCGGACUCGAUGUUUUCCAUCUGUCCAGUCACGCCGUUCCGCCUCUCCCCAUCUCUAACACGCCAUGUGCACGAUGUAAAAACCUUGGAAGCAUCCAAGAAACUAUCCAAUUUACUUUCCGUCCGUUCAGAUGCCCGGGGGUACAGUCCUAGUAUCGUUUUCGUCGCGAUACUAUGCGGCCUGGUUCAGCUAGCAGCUACCGAGAUUCACGGCGCUGUAUGCGCAGAUCACCAUCAAAAUCGAAUCGUCCUUGUUCUGGGGUGUCUCAAGUUAUUGCGGCCAAAGUGGUCCCUUGCCCAAACGGCUCAUGCUCAUUUGAGGAGUGCCGCUGCGCAGGUGAUUACUUCUUCGUCGGAAUACUCGCCGUUUGAGAGGAAGCCGGCCCAACCUCUGGGGGAUCCUCGACCUCAUGCGAAUAUCGAUGAGACUGCGAUGUACCUUCCGAUGGAUGAUGAUUCCAUGAACGAUCAAUUUUCUUCGAGGCUUUUGUCGGAGUUUAUUGAUCCGACCUGCGGGAUGUCGUUUCUGUGA